GCAUCUACGGGAGAUGUAUACUGGUAGCAAACAUAGCAAGACCCGUUCGAUGAUCGCCUAAGAUCCUGCAGGGCAACCAACACUACCUUGUCGAUUGCACCGUUUGAUGCAGUAGGGCUGCGUAUUGAAAAUCCCUUAAAUCGUUGCCAUUGUGAAUCAAAGAAGAAAGAAGAAAGAGGGCAAGCAAGAGAAGUCAGCGUCAGCAAGCCACAGCCGCAGCCCGCAGAAGCGCAAGACGGCGCGAUGGCCUGGUUGCUGGGGCUGGGGUCGUUGGGCUCUUUCCUCGCAGGUGAAGCCCGGAAAUGGCACUUCUUUCGCCGCUUCAUCACCUCGCUCCGUUUCACAACAAACACCCUCCUUCAACACCUUCACCGCCUCCACCCCAACAACCUCAUGUCCGCGCUACGACGAGACUCCAAGCAUCACAUCGCCGACGUCGACGUCAAGCGGCGAAUGGUUCACCUCAAAACCAAAGAAGAAUGUCGUCUCUCCAAGGAGACCAUCCAAGUGUGGACCGUCGAAAUGCCUAGUAAGCAUGCAGAGGGCAUCCUGAAAGUCAUCAAAGAAAAUGUUCCCGACCACGACAAGGUCGACCUCCAGCACCUCCGCCGCUUUGCCAAGCCGAAAUACCUGCCGUCACAUUACUCUGCACCAUCCCGUCCACGCAGCAGCGGCAGGACACCGACACUUCAUCUGCUGGUUUGCCCGACUCAGGCUAUGAGCCUCGCCGAUCUAUACCCGCUGUUGAAGAGCCACACGCCUUUCUGCUCGUCGCCAGAUUCAUGGGCCUACCCUCUCGAAAUCAAGGAGAUCACCGUGCCGAUCCUUCCACCAACGAGCCCAGAGCAGGCCAAUCAGUGGUCGCAGGACUACUGGCCAACGUUCUACCGCAAGACCAAUCCAUUCGGAGCGCACCCUCUGAGCAUUCAGAAAGCAGAAGACGAGCUUCAGUCCGCAGAAGAAGAGAACUUCGGUGUGGAGGAAGCGCUCAAGCUCGCCGAGCGCGUCGGUGACGAAGGUAGACGCCUCGGAAUCGGCUCAGGAGUCGGAUGUGUCAUCGUCGAACGCAUGGAAGGCAGGACGCAGAUCAUCGCCGUCGCCAGCGAUGCACGCUACAAGCCACAGGAGCACCAGUUCAAUGCCGGACAGCAAGACACCUGCGGAAGAGGCAACAUGAUGGCGCACGCAAUCAUGCGAGCGGUCGGCAUGGUCGGUCGAAAGCGACUCCGCUGCGCAUCCACAGGCAUCACCAAAGCUGCCGCCAAAGCCGAGAGCAACUUCACCAAAGGUGGUCUGGCCCUGGACGAAAAAGCCCGCGACGCUUUCUUUUGCGAUCUUCCCAUCACCGCCGUCGAGCAAGAAUACUUCGACCAAGACAACAUCAAACCCGAUGGCUACCUCUGCCUCCGGCUCGAGAUUUACCUCACACACGAGCCUUGCAUAAUGUGCUCCAUGGCAUUGGUCCACAGCCGCGUCGGACGGGUCAUAUUCAAACACCGCAUGCCGAAAACGGGCGGAUUGACGGCCGAGAUGGUUAGCAACGACUCCGGUCCAGUCGGCCUCGGCUACGGGCUCUGCUGGAGGAAAGAGCUCAACUGGCAAUUCAUGUGCUGGGAAUACGUGCCGGCUCAGGAGGAAGGCACCGCUGCCCGGGAGAAAUGCCGCAAAGAUUCGAUCGAGAAGUACCGCGAUGAGGAUGACAAUGUCAAGACCACAGUUCUCAGUGCUGACGAUACUGUGAUUAGCUUUGCGAGCAUGCAUGUGUAG